AUGUUCGACGACUACACCCGAGAGGGCUACAUCUUCAAUGCAGGGCCAUUAGGACAUAUUGAAGGUUUAACCAUCACUUCUCGUGGUAUUCCAGCUGUGCACUACUUUGGCGGCCUUCCAUACGCUCUCCCCCCGACCGGACAGUUGCGUUUCCAUGUCCCUCGGCGCCUCCCCAUAGACUACCAAUACGGCACAGCGACUGAGCCAGGGAAAUUCACAAGUGGUGCAGGAAUUUGUCCCCAGCCUCUCAGUAGCAAUACACCAGACCCUUCUAUCGUCAGCGAAGAUUGUCUGCAACUAAACAUCUGGGUACCAGCUGGUCCUCGUCCCAAAGAUGGCUGGCCAGUAUGUUUCUAUAUCCACGGAGGUUUCCUUCAAGUCGGGACAAGCAACGCCAAGCCAGAAGACCUGGUGCCGCUUCUGAGCGAGUCUGCUUUUCGGGCAAUCAUGGUCCUGCCAUCAUAUAGACUCAACGUGUUUGGCUUCCUCUCGAGCAGGGAAUUAGCCGCCGAAGCGAGCUCUCACGGAAAACCUACAGGAAACUACGGUCUAUGGGAUCAAAGAAUGGCUUUAGAAUGGACGCACGAGAACAUAUCCUCCUUCGGCGGCAACCCCGCAAACGUCACAGUCUCCGGUUACUCCGCCGGCGCAUACUCAAGUUUUCAACAACUAGCUCAUGAGCUAUUCCGCGUUCCUGAAGAAAAGGCGAUCAUAAGACGAGUGGCAAUGUUCUCCAACAGCACAGGUGUCAGGCCCAAAUCUCUACAGGAUCAACAGCUACAAUUUGAUGAGCUACUAGGCAGACUCAGCAUCGAUCUGGAUCUUCCGGACGAGGAGAAACUUAGCAGACUACGAGACGUUCACCAUGAGAAACUCGUCCAAGUUCAAAGCGAAAUGAGAAUAUCAGAGUUUCGCGUCUUAGCAGAUAACGCUUUCUAUCCAGCUGACCUCAUGGAUAAAAUCAACAAUGGAGAAUUUGCCAAGAAAAUGAAGAACCGCGGUAUCACGCUUAUGAAUGGCGAGUGCGAGAAUGAGCAUAUCAUGUAUCGUCGCUGGCGCACUCCUCAAGAGUCUUAUUCCGCCAUGUAUCAACGCCUCUCAGCAGAAUUCGCCCCAGAAGUUACCCAGAAGAUCAUGGACCACUACUGUGGACCCUCGAAGAAAUUGCCAACAGGGUACACAAACUGGGAGGAUUUCUUCGGUCGCGUGUACGCCAAUAUCCAAGUCCACUAUCUUCAGCGCGGCUUCCAUAACGCCUUAUUCGCAGGGGGUUUUGAAGCCGGUAAAGACGUUUUUCGUUAUCGGUUCGAGAGGAGACUUGAUUGUGUAGCGGAGAGGAUUCCAUCUGAGUGGGGAGUUACGCAUCUCACUGACAUCCCUAUUUGGUUAUGGGGAGGUGGAUACGAAGGGGGUCUGAGCGCUCGGGAGAAAGAGUGGUUGAAGGGUUGGAAUGAGGGUUUUGCGGCGUUUGUUAAGGGAGAUGAAGUCAAUUGGGGAACUACGAAACCUACAGAUGUGAGAAGAUGGAGGAGUGAUGGUGAAACCGAUGUUUGGGAGGAUUGUUUGUGGGAGGAUGGUCUUGAGUUUUGGAGGCUCGUUAAUUCAGGGCCUGCAAAGAAAGAGGGAGACACGGAGUACCAAGAACAUGACAGUCAACUCUAA